AUGACUGACAAAAUACAAGAAUUACUAACCGAGGGUUCCAAACAGUAUGCAAGUGAGAAUUUCGAGCUAGCAGUCGAUGCUUAUGCGGAAGUUAAUGAGUUGCACGAUGCAGAGAAUGAUAGUCCCAACCCAGAUUAUUUGUUUUUGUACGGUAAGGCUUUGUAUCAGUUAGCAUUGAGCAAAUCAGACGUGUUUGGUAUGGGAUCUGGGGUUACGAAGCAAGGCAAUUUAGAAGAGGAGGCAGAAGAAGGCUCUAGUGGACCUGGUUUAGUAAUGCUUGGUGAAGAAGAGGAAGAAGAGGAAGAAGCAGAGGAAGAGGAAGAAGAGGAAGAAGAAGAGGAAGAGGAAGAGGAAGAGGAAGAGGAAGAGGAAGCGGAAGAGGGAAAAGAAGUGGAGCAAAAAGCACAAGGAGAAGAGGAGGGAGAGGAUGAAGAGGAGCAGCACGAUCAUGCCAAUUGUCAAGGCCACUGUCAUGGAGAAGAAAAAGAUGAUUUUGAAAAUGCUUGGGAGAUUCUUGAACUCGCUAGAUCCUUCUAUGAAAUCAAUUUAAACAAUAACCCAGAUGACGACACUAAGUUGAAAUUGGCCGAUUGUUAUGACUUGCUAGGAGAAGUGUCACUUGAAAAUGAAAACUUCCAGCAAGCUAGUCAAGAUUUCGAACAGUGCUUGAAGCUUAGAAAGGAAUUACACGAAUCUAAAGAUCCCACUGAUAGAUCAAUCAUUGAAUCUCACUACAAAAUUUCAUUGGCGUAUGAGUUUGAUCCCGAAAACUUCGAAAAGUGUAAAGCUAACCUAGUUAAAUGUAUUGAACUUCUUAAGAAAAGAUGUGAAACAGUUGACAAGGAGAAUGACGACCAGAAGGACUUGUUGAAAGAAUUGCAGGCUAAGCUAAAAGACCUAGAAGAUUCGGAGGCUCAAAUGCAAACCUUGAAAAACGACUUAUUGUCCACGAUUCAUUCGGUAACUGCGUCAAGUUCAUCAAAAGAUGCCCCCGUAAACGACUUGACUUCUAAGAUUGUGAAGAAACGAAAGGCAAACAGUGACAAAUCAGAUGCUGACAGAAACAAGCAGGCUAAAAAGUAA